AUGCUACUAGCUGAUACGCUGAGUAGGGCCUACCUGCUAGACAGCAUCAAAAGCCAGACGGAGCUGGAGACGGAAUGUGUCAACAUGGUGGAUUAUGAUGAACUGAGCACACAGGAUGGAUUGGUCUUCAAGGGAGAGAGAGUGGUGAUUCCAGAAGCACUCCAGGCAGAUAUAACACAGCGAAUUCACUCAACACACAUCGGAACAGAGGGGUGCCUCAGGCUAGAGACUGCGUCUACUGGCACGAGCAACGGCAAAGCAGAGUCUGCUGUUAAAACUGCCAAACGACUCAUGAAAAAGGCAAAAUUGGCUGGACAGGGUCCAUAUCUGGCCUUAUUGGACCACAGAAACACCCCAACACAAGACAGGAAAAUCAUCAAAGCUGAGCCUGGACAGAACGUGACUCUGCCAUGUCGAAAUCCAAACAUCAGCAUCCCCAUCAGAGCUGUGGAGUGGUUCAGGUUUGACAUGCAGGAAGGACAUGUCCUUAUGUACCAGGCUGGGACAUCUGCGUCUCUCUGCUGGAUUUUACUCUCUGUCUGCCUCCUGUUUGCCUCUACAGAUGGGAAAAUCAUCAAAGCUGAGCCUGGACAGAACGUCACUCUGCCAUGCCGAACUCCAAACAUCAGCGUGCCCAUCAGAGCUGUGGAGUGGUUCAGACUUGACCUCCAGGAAGGACAUGUCCUCAUGUACCGGGGUCAGCAGUAUAUUUCAAUGAACCAGCUUCCAUCAUUUGUGAACCGGGUGGAUCUGCAGGACAGACGGAUGAAGGACGGAGACGUGUCUUUGGUUCUGAAGGACGUGACGAGUGACGACACUGGAACAUUUCAGUGUUACGUCGUCCAGAGAGGAACAAAUGGCAGGAGAAGCACUGCUGAUCAUAUCAGCACCAUCUACCUGAGAGUUGUUCCUCCAGGUCAACCAGGAAGGCACAGCAGGUACAGAUGGAAUGAGGAUCGAUCUGUUGGGCUGGAUCUUUUCCUGACAGUUUGUUUUAUGCUUGUUACUGUAGCUCUUGCUUUCUUUAUGACCUUCACAAUACCCAAAACAUUAAUAAACCUCAGAGGACUGAACAGGUGA